CAUCCCGAAUGCAGAGACUACUGCCCCAAGCAGUGUCCUCCAGGCUCACUGCCUGUUCAGCACACAGGCCUGAAAAAGGGGCAGAGACUACUGACUGACUUUGCUCCUGCCAUGCCUCCCAUGGUGCCCAACCUGGUGGUCCAGUGUGUGAAUGAGAUCGAGAAGAGGGGUCUGAGUGAGAGGGGUCUAUACCGCAUCUCGGGCUGUGAUCGGCAGGUGAAAGAGAUGAAACAGAAGCUUCUGUAUGGUAAAGUCAAGUCACAGCAGCUCUCGAAGGAAGACAUCCAUACCAUCUGCAGUGUUCUAAAAGAUUUCCUGCGCUCCCUACAUGAGCCUCUUCUGACCUUCUCCCUCCAUGCCCAUUUCCUGGAUGCAGCU